AUGGGUGGGGAGAAAGGAGUUUGGCAGGAGACAAUAUUUUUGGCACUGGUAUGGGGACUGACUGGUAAUACAGCAGAGUGGACACAACAGCAUCUCUUGAUUUUGAAAGAGACAGGACUGACAACAGUAACCAACACCAGUAGUAGCAUUAGGACAACUUACUGCUCAGAGAAACCGCAGUCGCGGCAGCCACCGCAGCCCCAACGUUGCGGGGCCAAAUACCUAGCUCAGAUCAUCGUGAUGGGGGUGCAGGUGGUUGGAAUGGCCUUUGCCCAGGCACUCCGGCAGGAAUUUGCAACCAGCUGGGCAGCAGCAAAUGCUCGUGGGCGCAGUUAUCAAUCUUCAGCUGCGUCAAAGGGGAUCCUCAAUGUCUCCAGGCUUAGCAGAGAGGAGAUCCAGAAGAACUUUGAUCAUUUCUUUAAGGUAAAUGAUAAAUCUGUAGGUGUCCUGCAGUCAAAGGUGGUUUGAGCUAAGGAGAGGCUACAUGAUGAAUUCAAAAUCCAGGCCCAGGAUGAGAGUGAGAGAGGGCAGCACCCCAAAACGUGA